AUUUCCUUCAUUCUCUCAUAAUAGAAAAUCCUUUAUUCUCUAUUUUCUUGGGAUCUCUGGCUUUCAGCUUUCUGGGAUGGGUCUUGGUUUUGUGGGGUGUAUUUCCUUUUUGGUUGCUGAGAAAACGUGGGAAAUCGAGGGAAUUGGGUUUUGGAAUGUUGGGUUUCGGUGCUGGGGGGCCGCGGAGGAACUGAAUUGAGCACUGUUGGCUUGGGAGGAAGGAGCUGUUAGGGCAAGGUAUAUUGUGACUGAUAAAUGAUUGGGGUUUGAGAAUUUGAAGUUCAAAUUUUGGAAGGGUAAGGGUACACGUCCAAACUUUGGAUUGGUUAAGAUGAAAAAGAGGUGUUAGUGUGUGUCAAAGAACCAGCAAUUGUGGGAAGACAAGAUUUAUUGGGAGUUACAGAAUGUAUCGGCCGGUGGCUACAGCCCCGACUCAGGGUGGAAUAGCCACCGAAAGUGCAGACUAUGUGGUUGAACUCAAUCAAGUUCCACGGUGGAGUGAUGCGGAGCAUAAAUCUUCUUUGGAAUAUGACAAUGAGGAUUCUUCUUUUCCAACUUCAUACUUUCCAGAUCCUCUAACCUCAACAUCUGAGGCAGAGAGUGGUGGCAAUGGGAUGAUGUCCAGGUUUCCUGUUAAUCAUGAAAUUAACUCAAAGAUAUAUCUAUGGAGGGGAAAUCCAUGGAAUCUUGAGGUAGAUGCGGUUGUUAACUCCACAAAUGAGAACUUGGAUGAAGCACACAGCAGCCCUGGUCUGCAUGCUGCAGCUGGGCCUGGUCUAGCAGAAGAGUGUGCAACAUUGGGUGGAUGCCGUACAGGGAUGGCUAAAGUAACUAAUGCAUACGACCUUCCUGCUAGGAGGGUUAUUCAUACUGUGGGUCCCAAGUAUGCAGUAAAAUAUCAUACUGCUGCAGAGAAUGCUUUGAGUCACUGCUAUCGGUCUUGCCUUGAACUUCUUAUAGAAAAUGGCCUUCAGAGCAUUGCUAUGGGCUGCAUAUACACAGAGGCUAAAAAUUAUCCUCGGGAACCAGCUGCACAUGUGGCUAUAAGGACAGUGAGGCGGUUUCUUGAGAAGCAGAAGGAUAAAAUUACUGCUGUUGUCUUCUGUACUACCACAGCAAAUGAUACUGAGAUAUAUAAAAGAUUGCUUCCACUUUAUUUUCCUCGGGAUAAACAUGAAGAGGAGGUGGCAAUGUCAAAGCUUCCUGCAGAUGUAGGGGAUGAGAAUGGUGAAACAAUCAUAGAUGAACGUAAAAUCAGAAUAAAGCCUCUGCCCAAAAAGACUGCUCCUAAACCUCCCAAAGCCCCAGUUGAUCUUCCUGUCAGUGAUGUUGGAUUGAUACGGCGCAGGAAUUCAUCAUAUUUGGAUUCAUAUCUGGAUCCUGCUUUCAUGUCCUUAAUUAAAGAUCCGGAUCAGAGGCGUAAAGAGCAAUGGGAAAAAACUGCUCAAGCACAGAGUGGAUGGAAUUGUGCUAAAUUGCUUGGAUUUGGUGACCUUGGUGGACCUCCAUUAUCUGCUGCUGAAGAAUACUCUCUUCAUUCUAGAUACCUUAGUAAAGCAAAUUCUCUUAAUCUUUCUGAAAUUGCAGAAAUGAAAAUUGUUUACCGUGGUGGUGUAGACAGUGAGGGCCGUCCCAUAAUGGUUGUUGUGGGAGCACAUUUUCUUCUGCGAUGUCUGGAUCUGGAGCGGUUUGUGUUCUAUGUAGUAAAGGAGUUUGAGCCUGUGAUACAGAAGCCUUAUACUAUUGUUUACUUCCACUCAGCAGCAUCGUUGCAGAUCCAACCAGAUUUGGGUUGGAUGAGGAGAUUACAGCAAAUACUUGGUCGGAAACACCAGCGUAACCUUCAUGCAAUUUAUGUUCUUCACCCGACAUUUGGAUUGAAGGCUGCAGUUUUUGCUCUGCAAUUGUUUGUAGAUAAUGUGGUGUGGAAGAAAGUGGUAUAUGUUGACCGACUCAUGCAGCUGUUCAGAUACGUUCCGCGUGAGCAGUUGACAAUCCCCGACUUUGUGUUUCAGCAUGAUUUAGAAGUGAAUGGAGGGAAGGGCCUCAUGGUGGAUCCCAGAACAAAAUAUGUAUAUCAUCGGCCAUGAAAGGCAGCAAAAAGGGGAUUGAGCAGCUCCACAAGGUUGUGCUUUCUUCAUUUCUUCUCGUGUAUUGUAUUUGGCAGGUGGAUUUGGGAUUUGUAUUUGGUGCCAUUUGUGUAGUAAUAAUAAUAAUAAUAUAUCUCAUUCCCUUUUAUUUAUUUAUUUUUAAUUCUUAAUUAUUAUGUAUCAUUUCUUGGGCAAAUGCGUUCAUGUAUGAAAGAUGGAAAAAGUAAUAAGUUCACAAAAGGGCAGUUUGUCAAA